AUGGCUUCACUCCACGAGCAGCCGGCUGUGUGCGAGCCAUCAAGCGCAGAAACCUCCUCAACGCCAGAGGCCCCCGCAGAGGCCCAGCUGCCACCCCUCUCAGCCGCUGACUUUCGCACUUUCAAUACCCUCGCCGUGAAGAUGGACUACUUCCACAACCACUUUCGCAAAACGUGGACCAUGCUCCACACGGCGGCGACGAGCAACAAACGGCCGCAAGGCAUGUCAAUUCGGCAGUUUCUCAGCGAGGGGCUCUCGUUCAUCCAGCACCUCGAGGCGCACCACUCGAUCGAGGAGAACUACUUCUUCCCGCAGCUCGCACGCAAGAUGCCCGAGUUCCGCGGCGGCAAGGCCGAGCUGCUGCGGCAGCACCGCGAGAUCCACAAGGGCAUGGAGGGUCUGCAGACGUACCUGCGCGCAUGCCGGGCCGGCGAGGUGGAGCUGCAGAUGAGCGUGCUGCUGGAGCAGCUCGACAGCUGGGGCGGUGUGCUGUGGACGCAUCUGGAUCAGGAGGUCAAGACGCUCGGCGCGGAGAAUAUGCGCAGGUACUGGACGCUUGCUGACAUGAAGGGGUUCAUGAUAUAA